CUCCACAUUCUGAAAUCUCGAGGAAAAUCUUAACCCAGAAGUCGAUUCUAAGAGAACAUUGGAGCUCAGAUUCAAUCACCGAAGAAGAAAGUACUAUUCAAAGAUUUUGAAUCAAAAAGAUGAACGAACAAAUCGAGAAAGUGGCCUCCAUCACUCGAGCUAGCUGGUCAAGAGCCAUGUCUGCUGAUCAAUGGAUUGGAUUCUUAUCAUCUCAUCAUUUUCAAUCUCGUGGAAUUGAAGGUUACUCGUCCAACUCUUUUUCAGACGCCGUUUGUGAUAUCCUCAUUCGUCUCAUUACGGCUACUAGUCCACCUUCGAAUCGACUUUUAUCUUAUUACCAAGCAGCUUUACAUUCCGGACCAGAUUGGGCUUCAUUGGAUGAUCAACUUGGUCCAUGGAUUUCGGCUUCUCAAGUUUCGACUCGAAUCCUCAUCUGGAUUUCAGAGAUGGAUUUAAAUCAAGACGAAUCUUUACAAAGUUCUCAUUCAGUCUUUAAUCGAGUCACUCGUCUUGAAACCCUUAAUUUACUUGCCAAACCUUUGCUGAAAUUUUCACCUUCGAUCGUGACGUAUGAACCAGCUGAAUGUCUUCGAUACUUGAGUUGCUUAUUAGACCUUUUCGAAUGUUGUCGUCCUACUUCACAAUCAACUAGAGCUGAACGUAAAUUAAAUGUACCUGCUCAUCAACUAGCUGAUUGUUUAUUAGCUUCUUUAUCAUCAUGCAUCCUAUCAAUCUCUCGACGUGAUUUUCUACAACAUCCUGAUCUUCUAUCGCCUCUUCUCACCAAGCUAUCAUCUCGACUCUCGAUACUUGAUCAAGG